CUCCUCUCCGCUGCCUCUGGCUGCUGCUGCCGCUGCUUCUGCUGCAUCGCUCCCUCUCACUCCCGCAGCUGCUGUCAAUGGAGCUGGAAAAUAUCGUUGCCAACACGGUGCUGCUGAAAGCCAGAGAAGGCGGGGGUGGAAAGCGCAAGGGCAAGAGCAAAAAGUGGAAGGAGAUCCUAAAAUUCCCGCACAUCAGUCAAUGUGAAGAGCUCCGCAGGGCGACAGAGAGAGACUACUACAACCUGUGUGAGAAGCAGCCAAUCGGGAGGCUCCUAUUCCGCCAGUUCUGUGAGGCCCAGCCGGACUUGGAAUGUCUGAUCCACUUCCUGGAUGCCGUGGCAGAAUAUGAGGUGACGCCCGAUGAAAAACUAGGAGAGAAAGGGAAGGAGAUUAUUCUGAAAUACCUCACCCCAGAGUCUCCAGUAUAUGUCUCCGAAGUUGGCCAAGAUAUUGUCCACCAAAUGGAGGAGAAACUGGAGAUCAGUCCCUACAAAGAACUGUUUUCUCACUGUGCAAAAUCUGUGUCUGACUUCCUGAGCGGGGAGCCCUUCCAUUGCUACCUGGAGAGCAUGUACUUCGACCGCUUCCUCCAGUGGAAAUGGCUGGAAAGGCAGCCCGUGACCAAGAACACUUUCCGGCAGUACAGGGUUCUGGGUAAAGGAGGCUUCGGAGAGGUAUGUGCGUGCCAGGUCCGGGCUACGGGGAAGAUGUACGCCUGUAAGAGGCUGGAGAAAAAGAGAAUCAAAAAGAGGAAAGGGGAAUCCAUGGCUCUGAAUGAGAAGCAGAUUCUGGAGAAAGUCACCAGCAGAUUUGUGGUAAACCUGGCGUACGCCUACGAGACCAAGGACGCGCUGUGCCUGGUACUGACGCUAAUGAACGGCGGAGACCUGAAGUUCCAUAUUUACAACAUGGGGAAUCCGGGCUUUCAGGAGGAGAGGGCGUCUUUCUAUGCAGCCGAAAUACUGUGCGGUCUGGGGGACCUUCAUAGGGAGAGCAUCGUGUACCGGGACCUGAAACCAGAGAAUAUCCUUCUGGAUGAUUACGGUCAUAUAAGGAUUUCUGACUUGGGAUUGGCUGUAAAAAUCCCAGAAGGCGACUCAAUUCGUGGACGGGUGGGGACGGUUGGGUAUAUGGCGCCAGAAGUCCUUAAUAACCAGAAAUACACCUUCAGCCCUGACUUCUGGGGCCUGGGCUGCCUGAUCUACGAGAUGAUUGCCGGCCAGUCUCCAUUCAGGGGCAGGAAGGAGAAGGUGAAGAGGGAGGAAGUGGACAGGCGAGUCCUGGAGACGGAGGAAGUUUAUACCCAGAAGUUUUCCGAAGAGGCCAAAUCAGUGUGCAAACUGCUACUCACCAAAGAAGUGAAGCGGAGGCUGGGGUGUCAGGAGGGAGGAGCCGUGGACGUGAAGCGACACCCCUUUUUCAGAGUCAUAAACUUUAAACGAUUAGAAGCAGGUAUAAUGGACCCCCCCUUUGUUCCCGAUCCCCGUGCCGUAUACUGUAAAGAUGUCUUGGACAUAGAACAGUUCUCAACAGUCAAAGGCGUCAACUUGGACCAAACCGAUGAUGACUUCUACACCAAGUUUUCGACAGGCUCCGUAUCCAUCCCUUGGCAGAAUGAGAUGACGGAGACCGAAUGCUUUAAAGAGCUGAAUGUUUAUGGGCCGAACAGGACACUCUCCCCAGACCUAAACAGGAGUCACCCCCCAGAACCCCCCAAGAAAAGUCUGCUUCAUCGGAUCUUCAAACGCCAGCACCAAAACAAUUCAAACAGCUCCCCGUGUACCAAAUCAUCUUUAAACCACGACGUGAACACAAACCACAUCAGUACCAACUCUACCGGUAGUAGCUAGUGGCAUCCAAUCAUCGGCAAGGAAAACAGCGUCUGGUCAGCUGACCCUCCUCCGCUAAUGACAGCAAGAGCGCGAGGGGGAGAGUAGGAGAGAGAGAGAGGAGACCCCGGAACCUCACAGCCCCCCCAGGAGAAGUUUGUGUUUGUGUCUUAGAUGGGACUGAGGGAGGGGGAGUCACAUUUCUCUUCUCGCAGCGGAGCCUCACAAUGAAUGGCGUCAAGCGUUCGCUCAGGUCUGUGCUUGCGUGAGGGGGGGCAGUUGUCCCCCCCCUUUCCUUUUACAAAUGGCGUGGAAUACGGAAAAAAAUAACAAAAAGACAUGAUCAAUAACCAAUAUCCCAUGUCCACGUGACCGUGCAAUAGAACAUUGCUGCCUGCAUGUAACGCGCGACCCAAGGGGAAGCCAUCUUGUGCCCCGCCGCCAUCACCGCACCGAGCGCCGUCGCUCAGCCGCUCCAGCCAUUAGGGGCCUGCAGAGCAUCCCACCAUUCUGUCUCACAUUGUACCUCUUAUUUUCUUUUUUUGUUUUUA